AUGGGCCCUCCUCUGCCACAGGAAUGGCGUCACCUCUUCCGUGCCAUCCUACGAGAAUGCUCCUACCUCCCCGACCCCGUCGCCCGAACUUAUCACCAUCGCUUCGUCGUUCAGCGGUUCCGAGAGCUUUCCGAAGAUCGCCGAUUACCUCGACACCAAGACCCUUAUCGACAGAACCAGCUGCGCAAAACGGCGACGCAGAAACUAUCGCUGCUCCAGCGGGCCAACGAGGGGUACUCGCGACCGCUCGAAAAAGUGCUGCGGCUAUCUUACGGACGAAAAGGCAAGAGAAGAAGGGAGUUGAUCCAGACCCUGCUCUCCCCUACAGACCACAUGCCCCUCGAUGUGUUACUCUCCCGGCCGAAUAUGUUCAAUGACGGAUGGGAACCCCCUGCGGUCAUGAUCAGUCUGAUGAAGUCGCAAAAAAAUGGCGCCGUGGCCGCCCAAAUGAACAUCCGUGCUAUCAAGAAGCUUGCGCCUGUCAUCCCCAAGGAGAACAGCUGGGGACGACCGCUCACCGAGGCUCGUCGUCGAAGUAUCCGGAAAAAGUGGUUUUAUCAUGUAAUACCCAACUUGCUGCCUCCACUGCCGGACGCGGACGUCCAAAUACUAGAGGGAUUGAUUUCCGGGACUUAUCCGUGGACGGCACCAACACGGAGGAAAGCUGUCGGCGUCGUUCCCGAGACCAAAAGAUCCCUCGUCACCGAUCUUUUGACCGAAGGCCCGCAGAAAGGGGAAACACACAGAAAGUAUAGUGCCGGUCGGCCACAUACAAUCACGCGGCGAUUCAUGCACAAACACUGGAUCCGCAUUUCGUCUCUAGUUCCGCGCAUGACAUAUGACCCCAAUACACAGAACCACAGCUUUACAUGGGAAACUCUCUGGAAGAAGCCUGGGAAGCCUGCCUUGGAAGUGAAGGGGGGGGAUGACCGGCUUUUUGAGGGCCUUGACGCCCAUGGGAAGAUCAAUCUAUAA